AUGGCUGAAUUUUAAUAGGAAACUGAAUAACUUAAGUAAUUACUGCAAGCAACUUAUUAAGGAACUUCGACUGAAUAAGUUAAGCAUGCCGAAAAAGAACUCCAAAAUGUUUCUCACCAUUAGGACUUUCUUAAAUAUUUGGUUUACAUAAUGAAAGAUACUGCAAAUCCUUUGCUUAUGUAAAAGUCUGCUUCUAAUUAUGUUCACGUUUAUGUUAGAAACAUUUAUAGCAAAACAAGUUAGAGUGGAUAAAUUUAAUAGAUCUAAGAAAUUACAGAAUAAAUUAUAUUAGCCAUGAGAGACUCAAAUAUCUCCAUAGAUUGUAAGCAUAAUAUAUCUAAGGGUCUCAGCAUUAUUCUCAGCUUAGAUAGACAUAAUGAAACAAAGCUGAAAUUAUUCUAAUUAGCCCAAACUUGGAUUCUUCAAGAUGACAUUACUUAGCUAGCUUCCACUUUAAUCAUAUUGCAGACUGUGAUUAUUUCUACACAAUAAAAAGAAUUUCUUGCUCAUUUCUUUAACUUAUUGAAUAUGCCUUUUUGCCAAGUCGGUUCCAAUUAUCUUACAGAAAUAACUUCCUCUCUUCAAUUGCUUGAAAAAAGCUAAAACGAAUAGGAAACAACCUAAAUUUUCUAAAAAACUGUCGAAGGAAUCAAGGUUUUGAACUUAUGGGCAAUAGUUUUAAAGGAUUUAAUUAUUCAAGUUAUGGAAUCAAAAAAUAGAAAGUUGAUUUCCUUUGUGUUAGAAAAUGAAAUAUUAGCAAAUUUGAUUUGUCAUGGUAUCUGUGUUACCUUAAACACUCCUCUAUAAAUUAAAGACUGCUUGAUUUGCACUUCAGGAUAGAGUGAUUUUGAUGACGCAGCAAAUACUUUAAAAUCACAUCUUAUUAAGGCAUAUACUCGUAUUAAUCGUUAAAUGUUUGCUGAAAGAAGCAAAUUUGAUAUCUUUAAAACCUAAUUCUUCAAAUUGCUUUAAUAAUCUCUUCCCAUCAUCCUUAAAGGAUUGAUGUUGUUCUGCCAAUAGACUCCUGAUUUCUAAGAUAAGCUUGAAAAUAAAUCUUUAUCCUCUAUCGUCAUCGAAUGCUUAAAAUUCUCUCACAUUUGUGCUGAAUAAAGCGAAUUUUAUAAAAUCUUUUAGGAUUGCUCUCGUGUUCUUCUCUUAGAAGUCAUUUUCCCUUUGAUGAGAUCAUCAUAAUCCGAGCAAGAAUCAUUAGAAAAUAACCCUGAAGAAUUUGUAAGAUUGGCCUUAGAUACAUGUGAUAGAUAAAUUUCUUACUCUUACAAAUGUGCAGCUGCUAAAUUACUUGAAACUGUUUGUGAUUACAUUGAUGGUUUUGAAACUAUAGUUUCACUUUUACUUAUAUAGAUUGUUGGAUUUUCAAUUAAAUUUGAAAAUAUCACUGAUGUUGAUGCUAACUAUCCUAACUUAAUUCCAUUCAAAGAAACUGUUUUUAUGUCAAAAACUGAAAGACACAUCAGAAUCGAAACCUGCUUCGUUGCCUUAUCUGUCUUAAGUUAUCUUACUCCUAAGAGACCUGACAUAGUAGGAUAAAUAGAGCUCUUACUCAAAGAGCACGCUCAAUUCCUCUUCAAUCACAAUAUCCAUAGAUUAAUCAAGGUUAGAGUUUGUUUAAUGUUAGGAUAUUACACAGAUUCAGUCUUCUAAAAUGAAAAAGAAAACUAUAAAUCUCUUAUUUAAUUCCUUUUAUCCUGUCUUACACUUAAGGAGUAAGAAGAUUAGGGAAUAGUCUACUAAGCAAUCGACUCGUUGUAAAACAUCUAUGAUGAUGACAAUUAAGUUAAUUUGGUUAGUGAAAAUAUUAAUGAAGUUUUACAUGUCAUCUUACCCCUUAUUACCACUACUGAGUUCCACUAAUUUAUGGAUAUCGUUUUCCAUAUCUUUAGAUAUCAUAGCAAGAAUAUAGCACCUUAAAAUAUCAUAAAUUGUGUUGGUUAUUUGGUUAAGAGAAUCAUAGAUGAAGUAAAGCUUAUUGAUGAUAAGUUAAGAAACGACUAAAUUUACAUUAAUAAGUGCUGGAAUAUCAUUAGAGAUAUGUCUGAUAACAAAUUUAUUGUUCCUUAAUACAUAAACAGCAUUUUAGAGUAACUCAGACCUCUUUUAUAAUGUGUUUAAUAUCCUGAAAAGAUCGAAUUCGAUGAAGAUAUUAUUUUGCUUGUAGGUUCCUUUAUAUACCAUCAAAAAGCUGUCAAUCCCAUUUGUAGUGAUUUGAUAACUUGCUUCCCUCUUAUUCUCAAAAAGCAAUAAGGUGUUUUUGCACAACUCUUCAAAACUUUAAAUAAUGUUAUUAUUUAUGGAUAAGAAUUCUUAAUUCAAAACGCAAGUCAUCUUCAACUGAUCAUUAAGAUGGCUUACGAUACUAUGUUUAGCGACAGCUCUAAAUCUACAGAUUCUGAUAAGGCUGAAGGUGCAGCUAUCAUGCAAUUAAUCGUUUAAUCUCUUGGAAACAACCUCACUGAUGAGAUGUGGAAGAUUAUUUUCAAUGCAGCUAUUCAACGUUUCUAAUCAUAAACUAAAUUAAGACACAGUUUUGCAUAUGGAAGAACUGCUGGUAUCUUCUUGAGUGGUUUCAACUCAAACAUAUAAAAGUCAACUCAGAUUUUAACUGAAAUGGGACUUUUAGAACAAGUUAUUAUUUUAUGUGUUAGCAAGUUAGAAAUGUACAAGAGAAACUAUGAUAUUAAGCUAUUUAUUAUGAGUAUGAGUAAAGUAAUUGUGCAAGUGUCUCUCGAUGCCAAUAAAGUUCUUUAGAUAUUUGACUGCCUCAUUAGCUUAAUGAUGAAAUAAAAGGAGCUUGAAUAGAAGCUUGAAAAGAAAAGAAAGCUAAAAGAUGACGAUAACAACAAUAACAGCGAUGAUGAAGGAGACGACGAUGACUACGAUGAUGAUGACGAUGAUGAUGAAGACGAUGAUGAAGAAGUAGAUGGCGAUGAAGAUAAUGAUCUUAAUGUAAACCAUUAUGAUAAGGAAUAUGACUGCUCUGUUAACGCCGAUAAAUUAAUGUUAAAAGAAAUGGUUAGCCCAAUCAACGAUGUGGAUGAAUUCGCUAUUUUUAAAUAGUCUUACUCAACAAUGAAAAGCUAAAACUUCACUGCCUUGCAAUAGUUAGUUUAUGGCUUAAACCAAGAAAAGCAAAAAUAUUUGGCUCAAUUAUUAAGCGUACAAAGAGUAAAUGUUGGAAGUGAACAAGUCAUUAGGGUUAUUCGUUAAAUCAAACGUAAAAAUUAGCAACAACCUCCUUAGUGA